CCUAUGGUUGAGUUACUAUAGUAAUGUUUACAUGUCAUUCUCAACUUGGGUGUAAUUUAAAAACAUUUAGAAUUUAGAAGUCUAUACAAUGCCAGAAAUGUCUAAAAACAGUAAUGUAGACCUUAAAUCAAAACUUGACACUGCCGUAGAGUUGGAGAGUCAAUUUAUUCUUCGAUUGCCAGAGGAGCCGGCAAAGGUCUUAAGAGAAACAUUACAAAAUGGCUUAUCUUUAAAAGAUAGAUUAGGUAUUAAGUUGGAACAAGAUGUGCGCUAUGGAGAAGUCAGACUCGAUCAUUGGUUACUUCAUGCAAAGGUAGUGGAUUUGCCUACUAUUGUAGAAUCAUUAAAAACUAUAGACAACAGAAGUUUCUAUAAAACUGCUGACAUUUGUCAGAUGCUUAUUUGUAAAGAAGAGGAUGACCAGACAACUACAGAUGAAGAAUCACCCGUGAGACAGAAGAAGAAGGACCCAAAUAAAGUUGAUAAGAAAUUUUUGUGGCCACAUGGUAUAACACCGCCAACGAAAAACGUGAGGCGCAAGAGAUUCAGAAAGACAUUAAAAAAGAAAUACGUCGAAGCUCCAGAAAUUGAGAAAGAGGUGAAGCGUUUACUUAGAGUUGACAAUGAAGCAGUGAACGUUAAAUGGGAAGUAAUUUGCGAAGACGAAGAUCAGUCGAAACCGAGUAAAGUGUCUUCCAGUGGAACGGUGAAAAGUAAGAGAGACAGCGCUGAUGAAAACAUAUCACAAAGUGUAGAUAUCGCUGAACAUGACAUCUUCGGAGAGCCAGUAAGUGACAGUGAAGACGAAGAUGAAGAAGGAAACAUAAAUGUACUGGAGUUUGAUGAAAACAGUCGCAUGUCGGCAGACAGUCGAAUUUCAGACUCCAAUUCAAUGCAAGUGAGAUAUUCGGAGAGAUCUGGAAAUACAGUGGUGUCCACGGCAAGUGGUUUAAUAACUGAAUUCAGUAAAGACAUGUUCGUUCAAGCUCAUGAGAGGAACGAGGAAAAACCAAGUAUAGAAGAAGAAAUCAAAGUUCCAAAACUAGAAGCCUUUAAUACUGAGUAUAUUAUUCCCGAGAACGACAACUUCUCUCAGCCUCAAUCUACAAGUAAAGAUUCUUUACAAGCACGUUUAGAAACUCUCCAUGCGGAGCUGGCAGUUCUGCGUGAACGACGUUUGCAACAAGAGUUUGAAAUUACAAGCAUUGAAAACGUUAAAUUGAGACAAAGAUUUCAAGAAAUUUUGGAUAAUUUAUUGUCUCAGGAAAUGCAGAAAUUACAAGAGAUUCAAGAUUUAGAACCUGCAUAAAUUGUUUUGAUAGAUAUUAUAUAGAUUGCACACUAAAUAACAUCUUACGUUUCGUUAUUUCACUAUAUUAAUUAAGUUAAAACUUCUUGUAUUUAUAAAUAAAAACUUAUUCUUGUUAUUAGAGAUAUGAAAAUUAAGCAUUAUAAGACUUAAAAGGAAAUAAAAUUAUUUGAUCAUA